AUGAAUAAGAAGCAAUGGGUCGGUGGCACAGAGAGCACCAUCGUAUUGUCGACACGGUCUGCUUCGGCCCAGUAUGUAAGCCACGCCAAGGGGCUGAACACACAAAGCAAAUGGCCUCAACCACCUGUGCCACCUAAUGUUGCGCUCCACUACCCCACAGAUUCGGACUGGGAUUGGUCUAAGUCGAUUAUAGAAGAUUUAUAUCUUCGAAGGAACUUGCCUUUCAGGGUUGUUGACCAUAUCAUGCGCCAGACCUAUGGCUUCAAAGCUAGUAAGCGUAUGUACCAGACCAGAUUCGUCAAGUGGGGAUGGAAGAAGAGUACUCAAGCACGUGCCGUACAAUCCACACGGAUGGGCAGGCUCCAUGCACAGCAGUUGGUGUUGCAGACGCCUGACGCACCAGCCCUUCCCCCAGCCCGUGGUACAAGCCUGCUGCUACACGAGUCACAGUCUGCAUCGCAUAUAAACGCUGCUGUCUGCGGCUACCGCGACUACGUACUGGCAUGGGCGGGAAGCGACCCGCGGUGGCAAUCUGCCACCAAGUUCCAGGACAUAGAUGUCACGCUUCCAGCGUUCAGUCUCGAAGACAACAUGAUGAUGGCGGCGGCAUAUAUGUCCAACCAGAACGUGGUUGAGGGGGGCCGCUUUCUCAGGCUCGCUUUUUUGGAAGUCGAGAAAAUGAUAGCCGACGCCCAUCUACAUACUUCAUGGAUAUUGUUCCUGUGGGCUCCACUUAAGAUAUAUGAUAUGCCCCAACCAAUGGCAGACGCUACCAUCAAAGCAUACAGCAGAUAUUUGUAUCAACUAAGUCUGAUACGGAGAAGACAUCACCCGAUAUCCAGUAUAGCUCGAAGCCUGUUUGAUGCUGCCCAUUCGGGAGGGAUGUCUGCCGUGCUUGCUUGGGCAUCCACCAUGACACAUCUGUUGUACGAUGUCUACGUGCAACUCCGGGGGCUCUGCGCAGGCGCUAUUGCCAAGCUUUCCCUCUAUGCGCAUAGAGUGCAGGACCGGUCCAUGCAGCAACGUGUCAUGGGCGAUACUAUGGACAUGUCCAACGACGCAGCUGAAGAGUUUGGCGAGGACUCCAUAGACGCGCUACUGCCUAUGUGCGUCGCGCUGACGCAUCGUGCCAAACUCGGAAUGUACGACGACAUUUUUCUGACAAACGCAGUCCGCGCCGCGCAGUUCAGCUCGAAACGGUACCAAAGGACUAUCAGAUGCAGCUCGGAUUCCUGGUACGACAGACACAAUGAGCAUUGGACGUACAGGAGCUCGCACUUUUACUUGGCGAAAUAUUGGAUACUUCAGGGCGACACGGAAAAGUUUAUGGAAUACGCCCGAGCGGCCACUGUGAUCGACGACAGGCCCGACGAUGUGUGGAAGAUGUUCGCCAACGCCGUCGAGAAGCUAUUUCGAGAACGAGGCCUUAUCGAAGAAGCAGACGUGCUGGCUUCGAAACGGAAGGCAUAUGAUAUGGCCCCAGAAGCCAAGGAAAUACUGGCUAAAGAGGAAGACAUAAAUGUUCUGGCACAAGAUGACUCGCUGCGAGAAGCGUGUGAGGAUAGCGAUGACAGCGAAUAG